AUGGAGUUUGCCUUCUGCUUCGAGGACUCGGUAUUCUCGGAGAGCAGGGACCGGAGUGCGGGGAGAGAUGUGUCCUAUACGGCAAAGCAAUGUGGUACCCCCAGUGGUUCAGUGAAGACAUGAAAGGUGAUGACCCCACUGAUGAGCAUACAGUGCUGAAAUUCCGGGCAGACUGGUCAUACAGACAGAAAAACUUUCUGAAAGCAUUUGAGGAGUACAGAAGCUGCUAUGAGCUUUUACCUAUUGCCAAUAAUGCAAUGAGAAGGGAUGUGCAGGAAAGCCAGUCACGCUGCUUAAUCCACCUGGGGAGAUUUCCAGAAGCCCUAGAGAUUGCACAAGCCCUGAUGAAAUGUGUUAACAACACAGAUCACUUGACAGGUGUAUUGAAUCUCCAAGUCGCCAUUCACAACCAUCUGGGGAAUUUGGAGGAUGUGGUUUCUUGUUUGCAACAGUUGGUCAUCUUGCACGCAUUCAAUCCACAUUUCUGGAUAUCCCUGGCUGAAUCAUACAGAUGUCUAUCAUUUGCUGCCUCCCACUGUAGAAAUGCAUCAAUUCCUUUCAGUGAGCCUUCAGUGAGAGAACAUUUGUGUGUCAACAAUUCCAUUAGAACUGUGGACACUGCUAACAGGAUACAGAGACAUUGUAGUAAAAAUGACACAUGUACUUCUGUAUUAGAAUGCUGCAGGAUUGGCACACCGCUGUGGAUCUGGGCAUGUGCAUCCUUUAUCAGAGCAAGAAUUCUCCUACAUUUUAUCCAACCCCAGCAUGUUUCCUUUGCAUUGGACCAUAAUCUAAGGACUCAAGGUUAUAUAGAGGAGCAGUUAAAUCAGAUGGGUUUAACAGAAGAACCUAAAACGUUAAUGACAAAUGUUAUGACUGAAGAUUUUUUAGCGGAAAGAAUACAAGAGGAGGGACAGAUUGAUACAAAAAGUACUCAGGCGCUGAACACUUUCACAAUGCCAACUGAUACAGAGUUCAAAGAUAGGUGGUUUAAAAAAAUUCAGACUCUGCUUUCGGUCCAUAGAUAG